AUGGCUUCACCACGUGUUUUUAUGGAUGUGACUGCUGACGGUCAACCUUUAGGGAGAAUUGUAAUUGAGUUGAAAGCUGAUGUCACACCUAAGACUUGUGAAAACUUUAGAGCAUUAUGCACUGGUGAGAAGGGCUUCGGCUACAAGGGCUCCACCUUCCACCGUGUCAUCCCUAACUUCAUGCUCCAAGGUGGUGAUUUCACAAACCACAACGGCACUGGUGGAAAGUCCAUCUACGGAGAGAAGUUCGCUGAUGAGAACUUCGUCCUCAAGCACACUGGCCCCGGUGUCCUCUCCAUGGCCAAUGCUGGACCCAACACCAAUGGCUCUCAGUUCUUCAUAACCACUGUCAAAACCUCCUGGUUGGACGGCAGGCACGUCGUUUUCGGUAAUGUUGUGGAGGGUAUGGACGUUGUCAAGAAAGUUGAAACCUUCGGCUCUCAAACUGGAAAGCCAUCCAAGAAAGUCAUCAUCUCCGACUGUGGUCAACUGUCUUAA